GACAAGCUGCAUGGAAGCUGAGAACUUUACAGCCACGCAACAUUUCUUCCUUACUGGCCUUUCAGAAGAUCCUGAAAUGCAGUUUGUUCUCUUUGGACUGUUCAUGUCCAUGUUCCUGGUUACCAUGUUUGGAAACCUUCUCAUUAUGUUGGUCACCAGCUGUGACUCCCACCUUCACACCCCCAUGUAUUUUUUCCUCUGCAACCUGUCCUUUGUUGACAUGUGUUUAACCUCCACUACCAUCCCCAAAAUGCUAGUGAACAUUUACAUGCACACUAUGGAAAUCUCCUACACAGAGUGCCUUACUCAAGUGUAUUUUUUUAAUAACUUUCUUGGAAUGGAUAAUUUUCUCCUGACCAUUAUGGCCUAUGAUCGCUUUGUGGCCAUCUGCCACCCACUUAACUACACAGUCAUCAUGAACCCUCGAAUCUGUGGCCUCCUGGUUCUUUUGUCUUGGAUCACAAUGUUUUGGGUUUCCCUGAUUCAUAUGCUACUAAUGAAGCAACUGAAAUUCUCUAUUAGCACUGAAAUCCCACAUUUCUUUUGUGAACUCACUGAGCUUCUCAGGGUGGCCCACUCAGAUACCCACAUAAAUAACAUUUUUCUGUAUUUGGUUACUGCCCUGCUGGGUGUUUUUCCUGUCAUUGGGAUAGCUUUCUCUUAUUUUCAUAUUGUCUCUGCUUUAUUGAAAAUGUCCUCCAUUGGGAACAAGUACAAAGCCUUUUCCACCUGUGGAUCUCACCUCUGUGUAGUCUCCUUGUUCUAUGGCACAGGAUUUGUGGUUCACCUUAGUUCUGCUGUAGCCCAUUCAUCCAAGAGAAACACAAUCACCUCAAUAAUGUACACUGUUGUCACCCCUAUGCUGAAUCCCUUCAUCUACAGCUUGAGAAACAAGGAUGUAAAGGGGGCCUUAGGAAGACUCCUCAGAAGAGUCCAUUUUUGUCCUUGAUACAUCACUGACAUGAAAGCAAAGGUAAUUAUUGUAAAUUUGAA